CAUAAAAUAUUUAUACAUCAGUAAAAAUUAUUUCGUUCCUUAAUAUUUGAACCCAUAAAAGAUAAAGGACUAAAAUCGCAAUUAUUUAGAUAAAUAUUAUUAUUUUAUUAAUGAUAGAGAAGAAAGAGGAAUCUAAUUUUGUAAUCGUGAUCGUGAUUAUCACCGGAGCACUAGUUUUCGUAUUUGAAUUGCAUAUAGCGUGGAAGAAUAGAGUGCUACUCGGAACGGAUGGCGAUGUGGAGUUGCCGGAAAUAGCACGACGACCACCACCGGUGCAGGCGGCGACGGGGCGGCUCACUGUCGGCGAUGAAGUAGUUUUCGACACUUUUAAUCAAGAAAGAGCGGAGGAAGAGGGCGGCGGAUGUGCAAUAUGUUUGGUGGAAUAUAAAGACAGCGAAACCCUAGCGACGAUCACCGUUUGCAAACAUAGGUAUCAUGUAUUUUGUAUUAGGGCAUGGUUGAAGGACCACGACACGUGUCCACUUUGUAGAACUCAGGUUUGAAAGUACGUAAUUUUGUUUUUUCUUCUAAAAAUCCGGGAAAACGAAAUUCGGUAUCUUUCGGAAUUCAAAAUGAAAAUUCGAUGUUUCGAAAUCGGAGAUUUUUUUAUUGGAAAUGUUUGGAAUUCAAAAUUUCCAUUUUCAUUUUAGCCCCUAUAUUUUGUUUAACUGGUAUAAAAAGUCCUCAAUUUCAGCCAACAACUCUAUUAUGGUUACCGAAGUACGUGUUGGAUUUAGGGGUGUUGAGAUUUGCCCCUAAAUAUUUUUGUGAGUAAAAUACUUUUGAAGUG